AUGCCGCCCUCUCCAGAAGCGUCGACGACGCGCUUCGAGGACGUCGACCUCGCAUCUACAGAGUACCUGCGCGGGUCGUCGCCCAUGGCCGACGUCGAGUCGCCGCUGAGCAAGACGGAGCCCGCGGGCACGAGCCACGUGCGCGGCCUGUCGUCGGUGACGGGGCUGCCCCUGGGCGAGUGUGCGACGGCGCCGAGCAAGCCGAAGACGCCGAAGAAAUCGAAGGCGCACGUCAAGGCCGCCUGGGUCGGCCGGCGCACGCUCGCCGCCGGCUUCUUCCCCUUCAAGCCGGAGGAAAACGACCGCGCCGGCGGCGCGCGGUCGUCGCUCGCGGAGUUCCAGGCGCGGCGGGCGACGCAGGUCCGCGCGGCCGCGCACGCCCGGGUGCCCCGGGGCGCCCACAGCGCCGCCUGGGGGGACCGGGCCUGGGCGGGCCUGCCGGCCGUGCUCGACGGCUUCGCGACGCCGAGAGUCCCGCUGUGGCACGCGGCCGCGCACGACCCGGGCCCGGACGUCGUCCGCGACGCCAAGGUGCGCCUGCUGGACCCGGAGGGCACGCGCCACGGCGCCGUCGGCCGGCGCGUGCGCGCGCUCCAGCUCGCGCGCGCGCGCCUCGCGCGCCUCGGCUUCUGGUCCGACCUCGCGGUCGUCGAGGAGCAGCUCGCGGCCGCGAGCGCGGCGCUGGACGCGCGCUGCGCGGCGGAGAUCGAGGAGGACCACGCCUGCCGCGUCGCGGCGCUCGAGGAGAAGCAGGCCGCGCGGCGGAAGUUGCACGCGGCGCGCGUCGCGCGCGCGGAGCUCCGGCGGACGCAGACGGCCGCGAUCAUCGCGGAGCAGCGCAAGAACGCCGAGGCGCUCGCCGUCAUCAACGACAUCCCGCUCUUGAAGCCGAGCGCCGAGCUCGAGAAGAACGAGCUCGCGGAGCUCCUCGAGGUGAAGCCCUUCGCGGACGGCGCUCUCAUCAUCCAGGAGGGCGAGGUCGCGGCGCCGCCGGAGCUCAUCAUCGUGGCCAGGGGGUCCGUCGACGUGCUCACGGCGUCCAUGGCCGUCGUCGCGAGCCUGGACGCGCCCUUCUACGUCGGCGAGGGGCGCCUCAUCACUGGCGAGGCCGCGUCGGCGUCCGUCCGCGCGCGCGGGCCCGUCGAGGCCCUCAUCCUCAGCGCGACGAACUUCCGCAUGCUGGCGAACUCGCCGAACAUGCGCUACAUGAUCCCCAUGAUGAAGCGCGAGAUCGAGAUCCGCAACUUCGAGCGCGCGUCGAAGCAGCGCGGCGGCAGCCUGUGGAACCAGCUCAAGCGCGACGCGCGCUUCAUCCGCCACGUGAAGACGCACGCGUCGUCGCUCCAGCUCGACAUCCACGUCGCCUUCUACCAGGCCGUGGAGCACUACCGGAGCGUGUCCGGCAGCGACGACGUCCUCGAGCGCAACGCCGCGGCCAAGGCGACGACGCGCCUCGUCGACAACGCGGACCACCUCCUCUGCGCGACGCCCCAGGAGAAGCACGCCAUGCUCCACACGCUCGAGUCCAUCCGCGGCACGAAGGACGCGCCCCACGCCGCCUUCGACAGCCUCAAGAAGGACUCGGAGCGCGUCAUCGAGGACACGAUCAUGGCGUCCUUCAAGGGCUGCGGCGCCUACCGCCGCUUCGUCGAGGAGGUCUUCCCCGUCGUCCCCGCGCACUGGCUCAUCCCCACGGUCUUUGCGACGUCCUGCUGGGCGCUGUCGGACGUCUGCUGCGACUGCGCCAUCGCCGGCGGCGGCGACGACGAGAGCGCUGCAGCGCCGCCGCCGGUGGAAAAAAAGCCGACCCGGGGCGACGCGGGCCCCGACGCGGCCGCGGGCCCCGUCGCGUCGUUGUCGUCGUCGUCGCCGUCGAAGGGCGACCGGCCGGAGCGGUGGGGCGCGCAGCUGACGCCGGAGCAGAACGCCAUCGUGUCGGCGCUCGUCUCCCUGUGCGCCUGCGGCGCAUCGCUGCGCCUGGGCUUCGGGUCCCUCGGCGACGUGAGCAAGACGACGGACGGCGCCGUCGCCGUCUUCGCGGGCGCCGUGCACUUCGUGGCCUACGCCGUGGAGCUGCGGGCCUACCGCACGGCGAGCAGCACGGUGAUCACGCCCCUGCUGCAGCUCUCCGCCGUGUGGAUGACGCUGCUGCGGGCCGCGCAGCCGCUGCUCCUGUCGACGCUCUUCUUCGACGUGAGCGCGGCCGAGGAGGAGGAGGUCGCGCUCGACGGCGCGUCGCUCUACGUGGCGUCGUCGGCCAUGCACCCGGCGCACCUGCUGGCCAUCUUCUGCAUCUUCGUCGGCGGGUUCCUGCCGGCCGCGCGCGGCCGCGUGUCGCGGUUCUGCGAGGCCAAAUUCUACGCCGAGGACGCGGUGCGCUUCUGCAUCGUCGGCGAAUUGCUCAUCUGCGUCUACAACGCGCUGCUGCACGCCUGCACCUUCGAGGCCGGCGCGGCGGCCGCGGACCGCGGCGACGUGCUCCGCUUCUUCGCCCUGAGUCGGCUGGGCAACGCGCUCGCGUGUGCGUGCAUCGUUCUGUGCGGCCUGAGCGACGGCUUCCGGUGGGACGACGUCCGCGCGCUGCGGCGCGCGGACCGGCGCUACCUCGGCGUCGCGGCCGCGGGCGAGCUGCUCUCGGUGACGGGCGUCUGCGUGGUCAUGUUCUCCUACGCGAACUUCCACGAGCCCGCCGUCGUCAACGCCGCCGAGGGCGGCGUCCAGCAGCUCCUCAACCUCGUCUUCGCCAUCGCGCUGCGGGCUUUCGCGGGCUUCGGGCGCGAGGUCGACGACCGGAGGACCAAGCUCGUGUCCUUCGCCCUCGUCGAGCUCUACGGCAUCUACUACAUCAUGGGCCUGCCCGUGAGCUUCCUCCAGCAGCGCUACGACACGUACUGGGACAUGAAGUUCGGCAGCUCGAAGAUGUACCUCUUCCGGGGCCAGAUGAACUUCCUCGUCAUCCUGGUCGUCGUGCUGCUCAUGCCGAUGAUGCUGCUGCAGCGCGGCGCGAUGCUCGCCCUCAUGGCCGCGCUGGGCGUGUCGAGCUGGAUGCUCCACGGCACGGCGUGCAUGCUCGCGUCCAUGGUGUCGACGAGCGCGAUCUCCGCGCUGCAGACGGGCUUCCGGACGCCGGAGCUCCUCGCGAUCGUCGCGUGCUACUACCUCAACAUCGGCUCGACGGCGUCGCCGGCGUCGAUUAGAGUGUUCUUCAUCUUGAUGGCGACGCUGGCCGUGAGCGGCCUCGUCGCCUGGACCAUGCUCGUGCUGUCGCCGAAGAUCCAGGCGCUUUUGGCGGACAAGGACCGCUGCGUCGACGAGCUCGACAUGACCAAGGCGCCCCUCAUCGAGGACAAGGCCAAGGCGCCGGUGUCCGGCUCGGGGGCGACGGCGGCCUUCCGGCGGAACUCGAGCGCCGAGGACGUGUCCGCGGCGCCGGGCGACGACGAGGCGCCGGGCAGGCUCGAGGGCGACGAGGCCGCGGCCGAAACGCCGGCGGACGGCGACGACGACAAGCCGACCUUCGACGCGCUGAGCGGCAACGACAUGGAGGCCAUCGCCAAGCAGGUCUGGCCCUGCCGCGUCGCCCUCUUCUGGACCAUGUUCGGCUCCAUCUUCACGGCCGCGUUCUUCGCCUACGCGAACUCGAACUCCGGCAUCGACAUCGAGCAGGUGCUCUACUUCACGCGCCUCUUCGGCGAUUUGUUCGGCCGGCCCUUCACGUCCCUGCCCCGGCCCAAGUGCCUCCAGACGGGGCAACAGCUCGCGACCUUUGCCAUCUCGCGGCUCAUCUUCUCCGUGAUCUUCUUCGUCUACAUCUUCGUGCCGGGCAUCCCGUCGUCGGACCUCUUCGUCAUCGCGGACAUCGGCAUCUUCUCCGUGUCGUCGGGCUACCUCGGCAUCAUCUCCUACGAGUACGCCGCGCGCGACUUCAAGUCCACCGCGGCCAAGUCCUACGCGGCGACGCUCAUGAACACGACCUUCCAGAUCUCCAUGUUCCUCGCCGUCCUCCUCGGCAUCAUCAUCUCCGAGUGCCUAAAGGAGUUCGACCUCUUGAACUCGAGCUUCGACUCGCCGAGCUCGGUGAAGAAGCUCAGCGAGGAGGAGAAGUGGGACGACACGCGGAAGAUGAACCGGCUCCUCGGCUACAACACGCCGCCGGCGAAGCAGGCGACGAGCCCGAAGGAGCAGUACAUGAUGGACUGGACGAAGCUCCACACGUCCCAGGAGAUGCUCGACUACGAGCAGCGCAUGAAGAAGUACGUGCGCAAGGAGCUCCAGACGCCCUACGAGCAGGACUACCACGACGUCCACAAGCCCAUCACGGGCUAUAUAGCCGCGAAGACGCCGCUCCACGACGACAUCAACCGGCGGAACUGCCGCGUCCCCGACGAGACCAAGGAGCUCAGCUUCAACACCUACAUCCCGCAGAAGCGCCAGGCCAUGCGCAAGAUCCUCGCGGCGAAGGCCGCGGACGCCGUCAAGGCCCUCGCGCGCAAGGGCGCCCGCGUGUCGACGUACGCGGCCGGCGGCGUCCGCGCGACCAUCUCCGGCGGCGCGCGCGUGCCCCUCCCGCCGGCCCUCGACGGCUCGGCGCGGCCGCAGAUGGAGACGCGGCGCUUCAAGCGCACGUUCUUCGCCCUGCCGGGCAACCGGCCGGAGCCGAAGCGGACGCCGGAGCUCGAGUCCGUCGGCGACGCGCUCAAGCACGGCAAGGGCGCGCGCACGUCCGUCGCGAAGCGGCUCUUCGGCCGGUCCCUCGCGCGGACCAAGCCCGUCGCGCCCGCGGGCUCCGGGGACCUCGACGCGCUCGGCGGCGCGCUCGUGCCCGCGGCGCGGCGCGACGACGCGCCGACCUACACACCCGUCGAGGCGUUCUAA